CUAUAACCUUAGAAUCUUCAUUUAUUGUAAACAUAUUAACCAAAAUAUAGAUGGAUUUCAAAAGUUCUCUUGGAAAGCUGACAGAUACUUGCGCUAAUAUUCUCAUGCCAGAGUGCCUAAUAACAUAAUUACAAUGAGUAACGAAGUAUUAGCCUUAAUAUUUGUUAUGGCUGACACAGCCUUUUUAAUGUUUCUUUCUGUUUAUUUUAUAAUUAAUUUAUCAGAUUUAGAAUGCAAUUACACAAACUCAGGGGACGGAUGUCGUCGGUUAAGCAAGGUAGUAAUUCCAGAACUGAUUAUGGUGUUACUGUUAUGCAUUGUGUUGGUCUUUUUCAGCUGUUUUGGAGCACUUAUUUACAUAUUACCCAUGUUUGUUUGGUUAUUAUAUAGAAUAUUGUCGAAGCCUCGAAACCACAUAUCUUUUUAUGAUCCUGCUGAAAUCCACAACAAUAAUUUGUUAAAUUACUACCUUAAAGAAUCCAUUGUGAAAUUGCUUUAUUAUUUAGUUGGAUUUUUCAUCUUCUUAUACAGCUUGAUAUCAACUCUUGUGCCAGAUGAGGCUGAAAAACAGGAUUUUGUGACCCAAGAUAUUUUUCGAUAGACAAAUGAAUAUUUUUUUUGUUUAAAUUGUAAAUUUUUCUUUUAAAAGUUGAAGUUUUUCUUUUAUUUUGUAUAAA